UCCCUGGGAAGAGGCGCAUGCUCCUCCCUGCUCUCGGAGCUUUCUUUGCUUCCCUGCCCAUCUGUGCUCUCAGCAGUGCCAGCAAAGUUGGCCUCACACUUGAACGGAGCUGGAGGCUCCAGUGUCUUCCUGGGAGCUCCGCAGGGCAGCGGGCAGGCCCCAGCCUCUGAACUCAGCUGGCCUCAAGAAGCCCAGCCCAAGCCUUCCAGCACGCAGCCGGCCCGCCGGCCCUCGGGGGACGCCUCUGCCCUGACGCGGAGGGCCCAGAGUCUGGGCUGGGGAAUGGUGCGCUGAGGUCCCUCCAGAGCCCUGUGUCUCCGCCUGGAGCUGCAGCAGCAGCAGCAGCGCAAGGCCAGGCACCCAUGGCUGACCUGGGGCAGCCUCAGUUUCCCUCUGCACAGGAGCCGGGCUCCACCUCAUCCCUGGACCUGCCGGAGAUGGAGAAACUCCUCACCAGGGCAGAGAACAAGGAUGGCAAGACCCUGAGUCUGUCCAGCUCCCUCUCGGUGCCUCUGGAUCUGGAGCGGAAUGACCACGGCCUGCCCUUCAAGGCCAUCUCUGAGGGGCAGCUGGAGGCCCCACUGCCUCGGUCCCCCUCCCGGGCCAGCUCCAGAAGGGCCUCCUCCAUCGCCACCACCUCCUAUGUCCAAGACCGGGGAGCCCCCCGAGAUUACCUCAUCCUGGCCGUCGCUGCCUGCUUCUGCCCCGUCUGGCCCCUCAACCUCAUCCCCCUCAUCUUUUCCAUCAUGUCUCGGAGUAGCCUGCAGCAGGGGGACACGGACGGUGCCCGGAGGCUGGGCCGCCUGGCCCGAAUGCUCAGCAUCACCCUCAUCAUCAUGGGCAUCAUCAUCAUCAUUGCGGCUGUGACCGUCAACUUCGCAGUUCAGAGGAAAUGAACGGAGAAGGGAGCUGGACUCGCAGAAGCCCCUGGCCACCGGGAGAGCUCUGACCCACGCCCCCCACACCACGGGAGGGCAGGGGUGACCGCCCAGCAUCUGCCUGUCCCCACGCUCCAGAAGCACAAACUCAGCGGGAAACUCCACGGUCGCCCACUGUCGGCCCACACCGAGGGGAGGCCUGGGGUCGGAAGGCCUGCGGGCCACUCGGUGGUCUACUGUCACCCACACAUCCUGGGACGUCAACCCCAGCGCCCUGGCUCAUUUCUCAUUCCCAAAACUUCCUGGACUCUACAAACCACGAAAACUGCCAGGACGAGGAAAAAACCCAGCGACCCACCCGAGACACGCCGGCAGGGAGAGAAGCCGCAGAGUCCCCCCACCCCCGCCUCAGUCUGUGGACCCAGAGCACAGACGUGCGGACUCAUCCUUUGCAUUUUCCUCAGGUGGGGACAGAACGGACCGUUUGGCACACUUCCUGCCACACGCACGCUGUGAUCCCAGCCUGGGUCCCGGGUGGGCAAGGGCGGAGCUGGGCUGGCAUAGGCCUGACCCCGGCAGGCACCUGGGCCGUGCCACUCCCUGGAAGGAGGCAGCCGCCUUGCUUCUUCCUCCACUGUUGGUGAAGACAGGACAGGGUCAGGGGCAGCGUGACCCACACCCCUCCUCCCAGACGUUUCAGCGUUGGGAGCGCCUCUCGAGGACCCUGGUCUCAGGAUGUCUCCCAGGAAAAGCCCAUCUGCUCCUCCUCCUCCUCGUGCUGUGGCCCAAGGCACCGACCAGAGCUCCUGGGACCUGACCUGGCCAAGGUCAGCGGCGGGGAGGGCCAAGGUCUGCGCGCUGGUCCUGCCGUGGCCUCCUCAGUGGUCUGGGAUGCAGCUCGCGGCCCCGGGUGGUGUGGCUCGGGGGGGCUCAGACGUCCAUCCCAGCCCUAUGCUCUGUGCUCUGCGCUUGGCCCUGGGCCCCUGACCAUCCUAGAGGAGGUUUUGGGGCCACCCCUGGGGGGACUUCCAGGGGAUCUCAGGCUGUCAGGGGCGUUUGUGCCACCUGCAAGGGUGUGAGCCAGAGCGUUUUCAUGGGGUCUGUUGUUUCUCAACAGUCAUGAGACAAAGUGAAGGGCUUGGCUGAAGGCCCAGUCUGCACAGGAGUUGGGGGAGCAGGUUUGGGAACAUACUCACACGCAGAGCCUGGGGCCUGGACGCCACGGCCUCUGUGUCCUAGGACCUAAUGCAGCCCCAAAAGGAGCCAAGCAGGGUCCCGGCCUCCUCCCUGGCUCCAGACCCAUGAUUUUCCAUAGACUUCCUUCUCCCUGGCCCAGGCUCCAGCCUCAGAGACCUCUCCUGCCCCCGCCUUCCCUCCGGGCUGCCCCUCCCAGGCCCCGGACAGGGUGCUCUCCUGCCCUGGGAGGCCCCACCUCAGCCGGUCACUGCCUUCUGGGAAGGGUUCCCAGCCACAGCCAGACUGGCCCAAGGCUGUUGGGAGUCAGCAUCCUCUGCGCCCCAUCAGGACCCUCCUGCCUCCUCUCCAGGGCCCUGGUUCAUCCCCCCACCCUCCUCGGAGGCCCAGGGAGGGAAGAGCAGGUCAGUACAGAGGUUCUGUCUACAGGGAGGACCCUGGGUCUGCGCACAGCUGGAGCUCUGAGCCUUCCAGACAGAGCCCAUGUGACAACAGACGGUGGGGGUGCAGGGUUCAGGGCUGCAGGGCUUGGGGGUGCUGGGUUCAGGGGGUGCUGGGCUGGUCCUCUGAGGCUGGUGUUCCUACAUCAGUCCCCCACCUGGGGAAUAAACCCCAACCUCUCCUGGUCAUACAGUAGGGAUGGGUUGGGUUUUCUUUGCCGGAUCUUGGAGGCUGAAAUAGAUACCCCUACUUGGAGGAGGGAGCACAGAGCGUUUGUGCCACCCCAGAAGUCAUGUCACAUGGGGAGACCUGAGGUGGGUGGAAGUGGCCUCAGCUCUGGAAGGAGGGUGAUGAGAGGGUGGUUUCCCGACAGGCCCCGGGGUCCGCGGCCUCAGCCACUCAGGGGAGGAGACAAACGAACCAAGGGCUGAGGGACUGUCACGGGGGAUCAUGAUACCAGAAGGACUCUAGGUGCCCUUGGAGCAAGCACAUGCCCAGACCUUCUCACACGCACACACACACAGGCUUCGCUGAG